GGGUCAUUGCAUGGGAUUUGAGGCGUGGGCGUGAUGCCCGCCGGGUUAUGUAUGAGUGGAUUGUGGCCGACGCACGCAUAGGUGUGCGAGGAUGGAAAAGGCAUACGGGUGAGGCUCGAUGUAUGAGUUGUGGGGGUCCUAAUAGGCACGCGAGGGUUAUGGUCGUGCACGGAUGGGCGCGGACGUGUGAGGAGAGGAUUGCUAUGUACGAGCACACAAAGGGCGGCUUGCAUUUGGGGGUUAG